AUGGCUAUACCUAUAACAGUGCUUGAUUGUGACCUCUUACUGUAUGGCCGAGGUCACCGGACAUUGGACCGUUUUAAGUUGGAUGAUGUGACCGAUGACUACUUGAUGUCCAUGUAUGGGUUUCCUCGACAGUUUAUUUAUUAUUUGGUGGAGCUCUUGGGAGCGAGUCUUUCUAGACCUACUCAGAGAUCCAGGGCUAUUAGCCCAGAGACACAGAUCCUCGCAGCACUGGGUUUCUAUACGUCAGGCUCCUUCCAGACUCGGAUGGGAGAUGCUAUAGGAAUCAGCCAGGCAUCUAUGAGUCGAUGUGUUGCCAACGUCACCGAAGCCCUUGUAGAAAGAGCCUCACAGUUCAUUCACUUUCCAGGUGACGAAGCCUCCAUCCAGGCUCUGAAGGAUGAAUUCUAUGGGUUGGCUGCGAUGCCAGGGGUAAUAGGAGUGGUUGACUGUAUCCAUGUGGCAAUCAAGGCACCAAAUGCUGAAGACCUCUCCUACGUGAACCGCAAAGGUCUGCAUUCUUUAAACUGCCUAAUGGUGUGUGACAUCAGAGGCGCACUAAUGGCCGUGGAAACAAACUGGCCAGGCAGCCUGCAGGACUAUGCUGUGCUGCAGCAGUCUUCUCUCAGUAACCAGUUCGAAGCUGGCAUGCACAAAGAGAGCUGGCUGCUUGGUGACAGUUCCUUCUUUCUCCGUACCUGGCUUAUGACACCACUUCACAUUCAUGAAACUCCAGCUGAAUAUCGCUAUAAUGUGGCCCAUUCUGCAACUCACAGUGUGAUUGAGAAGACUUUCCGAACCCUCUGCUCCCGAUUCCGCUGCCUGGAUGGGUCCAAGGGGGCUCUACAGUACUCACCAGAGAAGUCCAGCCACAUCAUCUUGGCUUGUUGUGUCCUCCACAACAUCUCCUUGGAGCAUGGAAUGGAUAUUUGGUCUUCUCCAAUGACAGGACCCAUGGAACAACCCCCUGAGGAAGAGUAUGAGCACAUGGAGUCCCUGGACCUAGAGGCUGACCGGAUCCGUCAGGAGCUGAUAUUCACUCAUUUUAGCUAA